AUGACACAAGUGCACAACUACCCCUCAAGCCCAUUGCAAGCUAUUCAAGGCUCUAAACACUCCUCGCCUCAAACUGCUGCGAACCCUGAAAUACUUAAAUUACGUGGCACAGAUAGUGAUAUCGAUGGUGUGAGACCGCUUGUGCCUUGCUCUCUUGACACUCAACUCGAAGAGCUUCAGCGGUUGUAUGAGCAAGAUGGAGUCAUAUGGGUCAAGAAUCUGCUCCCCAGAGACCUUGUGCUCAAGUGCAGAGAAAAUUAUAUGCAUUUCGUGAAUGAGACCACCUUUAUGCUAAAACCAGGAACGGAUCCUGUCGAAGGCAUUUUUGAUCCCUCCAAUGACUGGCGCGAGUUCCUUCCUCCUGGCGUUGUGCGUGUUGCCGCUGGUUUCAGUGAUGAUGGACCCUUUGUCGAAGCCGCAAUCAAAGCCCACAAGGCACCAUUUUAUCUCAAGUUCAAAGAUGAGGUCGCAAAAAUUAUCGAGCCUUUUGUCGGCAAGCUACGCAAAUUCAAGGAGCCAUGGUGUCUACCUCGAUCCCUUUUACGUUGCGCUGUCCCUGGAGCCGAGACGACUCCUGUACAUUACGAUCAGAUAUACCUUCGUGCAGGCCCGCCCACUAGUAUCACGGGCUGGGUACCGAUUGGUGACAUUGGGCCAAAGGGGGGAGGGCUGGUAUACCUCGACAAUGCGCACGACAUUGGAGUCAAGUAUGAACAGGACUUUGACGAAUUGAACAAGGAUCUUCCGGAUGAAGAGAGGCUGAGCGCCUUCAACAAGAAUAUGGAGAAGGGUGGCUGGCUUGAUCGCAAUGCCGGCCGGUUCGGGCAAGGCUGGAAUCGUGGUUGGCUCGUGGGAGACUACGAGGCUGGCGACGUCGUGUUCCACUCCCCAUACUCGAUCCACGCCAGUGCCAUCAAUGAGGACCCUUGCGGAAGAGUGCGCGUCUCUACAGACUUGCGGUUUGUAGACAAGACCAAGCCCUUCGACCAGAGAUGGACAGUUCCUGCUUUCGACAAGAACGAUACGGCUGUUGUUAGAAAAGCCAAUCUCUCGCAGUAG